AUCGGCGAACAACAGUCGGGACUACUCUAUAAUAACAAUGAUUUCAGAUACAAGCCAUCGGAACAAACGAGAGAUCCUAAACAAAUCAGAACUCCAUAUAAUUAUAGAUCGCAAUCGCAACAGGAAUAUAAAGGCGAUGGCUUUGACGGCGAUUACGGGAGCCGUAAACUGAGCCCAGUUUUCAAAGCCCAGCAAUCGAUGAAAUACGAGGACUCAUUGGAGGCGAAACUGAAGCAGAAAGAAAACGCUAAACAAAUGUAUGAAUCGAAACCAGAAUAUGAUUACGACAGCAGUAAUAGUGAACCGGAAGACGAAGACAUCAAAACUGAUGACAACUAUAAUAUAAAUCAAAAUAAAAAGACUCCUUAUUUGGCGCAUAAUAUCAAUAAUAAUCAGAAUCGGAAAAAUCAAUUGAAUGGCAGAGGUUUUGUUCAGAAACAAGAAGCCAUUAGUCCCUACUAUUACAACAGAGAAAGUGGUCAAUCAUUGCCUCCAUAUAACGCCGAGCCAUUUGACGGAUGGCCUAACUAUUACUAUAAAGCAAAUGCCAAUAAUUGGCCACAACUGGCGGCCGCCGCCACUCAAAUACAGGAGACAAUAGACGGCCAAAGUAUACUCAAUCUAUACAAUGGAUAUAGGAAUCAGAAUAAGGAAAGCGUCCGAUCGGCACUGUAUUCGCCCGCAUAUGACUUGAUGGCCGACACACAGCUCAAGGCUGCGUCCAAUCCGGUGCCCAUGCAGUCCAUGCAAAACAGUAAGAUAUACGCGCCGUACGCCACCGCCGGCUCAACCUAUCAGCCCAUCAACCUUUUUGCCGGCUAUGGACGAGACUAUAGUCUGGUUGACUUGAAUGGAGAGCUAUAUCCGGCUCCGUUGGUCUCGCAAAAGCCGCCCCGACAGCUACACAAACCUCUGCAUCAAAGCGGUGGUGAUUUGGCUGAACAG